GCACACACACACACACACACAAACAUGUAUGAAUUCAUUCAAUUCAAGUUCUGACUUGUGAAUCUCUUGUUUUGAGCAGUGGUUUGGGAUGGAAAUCUUCCUCUUUGUUUGUACAAUCCAAUGGGUUCAAAGUAGUUUCGCCUCCUUUCAAACUAAAACCGCCACUCGCCAAGUUUUCUCUCACUUGCUCUGCCGCCUCCUCCUCUUCUUCUGACAUGUCCCUGCAAACAUACGGGCAAGAGAAAUUGACUAGGAUGAUGUUUUUCCUUUUAUUUUAAUUUUAUUCUAUUCAGAUCCACUCUUGGUUAAGGCUGCUAGGGGAGAUCCUGUUGAUCGUCCUCCGGCAUGGAUGAUGCGUCAGGCAGGAAGAUACAUGGCUGUUUACAGAAAGCUUGCUGAGAAAUAUCCAUCCUUCCGAGAGAGGUCAGAGACAACUGAUCUCAUUGUGGAAAUUUCUUUGCAGCCUUGGAAAGCUUUCAGGCCUGAUGGAGUAAUUAUUUUCUCUGAUAUCCUUACACCUCUACCUGCAUUUGGAAUUGAAUUUGACAUAGAAGACGUAAAGGGACCUGUUAUACAGUCACCAAUACGCUGCGAGGAGGGAUUAAAGGCAUUGCAUCCAAUUGACCUGGACAGGCUUAGAUUUGUUGGAGAAUCACUUAAGAUGCUGCGUCAGGAGGUUGGUGAUCAUGCUGCUGUUUUGGGUUUUGUGGGAGCACCAUGGACAAUAGCAACAUAUAUAGUGGAAGGGGGCACGACACGGACAUAUACAACCAUUAAGAGCAUGUGUCAUACAGCACCACAUGUAUUGAGGACCCUGCUUUCUCAUUUGACGCAGGCGAUAGCAGAUUACAUUAUUUUCCAAGUGGAGUCUGGGGCUCACUGCAUACAAAUAUUUGAUUCAUGGGGUGGACAACUACCACCAGAUAUGUGGGAACACUGGUCAAAGCCUUAUAUCAAAGAGAUUGUAAAUUUGGUCAAGAAAAAAUGCCCUGAGACACCAGUUGUUCUUUAUAUAAAUGGAAAUGGUGGCCUUCUUGAGCGUAUGAAAGAAACUGGAGUUGAUGUUAUUGGGCUAGACUGGACGGUGGAUAUGGCAGAUGGAAGAAGAAGAUUGGGUAGUGGGAUAGGUGUGCAGGGAAAUGUGGACCCUGCCUACUUAUUCUCCCCUCUUGCUGCCCUGACUGAAGAAAUUCAGAGGGUUGUGAGGUGUGCGGGACCUAGACGGCACAUCCUUAAUCUUGGGCAUGGUGUUCUUGUUGGCACACCAGAAGAAGCUGUUGCACAUUUCUUUGAAGUAGCAAGGAGCUUGAAGUUUGAGACACUUUUUCAAAAUAACAGUGCUAAAGACCCUAAACUCGUAAUUUAAGGACAAAUGCCAUGUUGCCACUUUUUUUACUUAGACUGGGAGUUCAAGCCCUCCUGUGGAAGAGUACAGGAUUAGUCCCUUCUGAUUUUUAUACAGCUAUGUGAUUAUCAAAGGUCCGAGGAUUUGCACAUUGCAGUGCCAGCUAACUGGUAAAACUAGAUGAUUAAGUUGUGAUUUUACAUUCUGCUGUAUUUAUAAUUGAAUUUGUUAAACCAAUUAGAGGAUUCCUUCCAAUUGUUUUUUUGGUAAAAUCUUUCCUUUUUAUUAUUGUUAAGGAGCUUUGGCUUGUCUGUUCAAAAUGUAAAAUUUGCCCCGU